AUGGCGACACGGGCCAUGCCCUCAACGUUCCCACACGACUUCUUCACCCCCCACCCGAGACGUGUAAAAGGGAAGGAGAGGGCCGUGCCGGGCCAUGACGUCCAGCAUCACAGGUGCACGACCGCUCCGGACGCCGCUGUUCGUUCUGUGCCAUUACCAGGCGCGAGGCCUGUCCCUGUGCUACGUGACCUCUCAGGCCGCCAUCGCGCGCGACGUUUAUCCGGCCGAAAGUGGAUGCAUGCUCCCGUUCGCACCGACGCUCCUUCGCUUCACAAUCUCGCAGCGAAACAUGCCGACGUGGCGCAGAGGCGACAUGCUUCCAGUCUUCCCGAAGCCACCGCCUCAUCUUCCUCCCCAGCUGUAUUGCACCUGGAUCAAUGGCGGCACCAGAUAACAAACUAUAGCUCAGGGGCCGUGGGACCCCGCCCAGAACAAGUCUGGGACGCAUUUGAAUCUCUAUAUGGACGUGACGAGUGCGCGUCUAUCGACGUCCGUCAACUCUUGGACUUCGGGGUCCGGCUCGUUGGCGACGUCCAAAGCAUGCGUUUUGAUGACCAGUCUUCAGAGCUGCUGUUGCUGUGGGGAACUCGUUUGCAGACCCUCCUGGAUUGUGUCUCGCCUCGAAUCAAGGACCAUGCGGGCGACGCUCCCCUCCUCGCAACUACUCUUCGUCUGCGGGCUCUGACCGUCAGCGCAGCGGCGAUGACGGAAGACGUCAACGGUGCCGUCGACGGCCUUCGUGAAAUCAUGUCAGAGCAGGUUGGGCCUGAGUACACCGCCCUAGUCGCGCAGAUGUACACCGCCGUUAUUCUCUCAGUGCAUCAGUACCGCCAGUCCAUCGAUGUGCUCUAUUUUCUCGUCGAAGAGUGGGGUCGCAUAGGCACAUACCUUAGGCGGAGACGUUUCAUGUGGGAAGACGAAGAGGUACCCCUUCCGCAUAUGCGCACAUUCAAACAACAUGCAUAUAGCAUUGUGUCGCGGAUAGAGAAGCCCGUCGCGUUCAUGCUCAGUGUCCAGGACGUACUGACGCAGGAGCAGCGGCAGACAGCAGGAGAGUUUCUCAUCGAUGUGCUGUGUGAGGCCAACAUGGGCAAUGAUGCUCUUGACGUCCUCGAGAUCAUGCAGCAACAGUCUUUCCGUAUCAAGAUCGAGCUGCAGCUAGAGAUCGUUUGGGCUUUAGCAAAAGGGAGCUCCUUCGAACUUGCUAACAUGCUGUUCAUGUCUAUAUCGCGAUUGGUGGGUACCGGUCCCUUAUUUACCGCACACCAAAAGCUCGGUCUGUUUCUCUUCGCCCGGCAAGGCGAUGUCCCAAGGGCUGAAGAAUAUUUUAACCGUCUCGUUCAGCGACAUCAGGCUAAUAGCAGGUCGAUAACCCUGGUGAUGCACGCACAUGCAGUCAAGGGAGAUACGGACCGUGUCGUCGAGCUCUUCCACCACUUCUUUCCGCCCGCAAGCCCGAGCAAGCCUGAACCGCGCUCUCCCAACCUCUUUCACUAUACCGUUGUUAUCUACGCGUUUUCCCGGAAUGGAGACCUCAGUGGCAUGAACCAGUGGUUGGAAAAGAUGACACAGGCUGGGAUCAAGCCAGAUACCCACGUCUAUACCAUCAUCCUGCAAAGCUUCGCUGAGCGUGGAGAUAUGGCGCACAUCGCUGACCUCCUCAAUCAAAUGCAUGCGGUUGGACUCCCACCAACUCGGCACGCCUAUACCACGAUCCUUGGUCUGCUUGCUCGACGUCGCGAUCCUGUCGCCGCGGAGGAGAUCUACAAGCGGGCGUUGACAGAAGGGGUGGUCCCCGACCGUAGGAUGCUCACCGCGCUGAUGAACGCUUAUGUAGAAUCUGGCCAAUGGGCCGGCGUAAUUCGUGCAUUUGAUUAUAUCCACUCCUCCGCUCACCGCGGUAUUCGCCUCUCGCUUGAAAUCUACAACACGCUGUUGAAGGCCUACGUUUACAUCGGUGCACCUUUCCGCGUCGUCGCGAGCCUUUUCCAGAAGCUUGAAGACGCACGGGUUCGUCCAGAUGCUCACACGUUCGCUCUGCUCAUUCAGUCUGCUUGCGAUUCUGACCUUCUCGAGAUUGCUGCGGAGCUCUUCGCAGAGAUGGAGAGGUUGGCGGAGAACUGGCAGUCCCAUCUUCACAUCAACACCUAUGUCAUGACCAUUCUCAUGUCCGGCUAUCUACGCCGGGGACAGCGGGGCAGGGCGAAGGCCGUUCUCGACGCAAUGCGGAAGCGCGGCAUCCAGCCCACCGCGCACACUUACAGCGCCAUCAUGCAAGCGUACAGCAAAGAGAGAACUGGUGCUGGUGUGCAGGUGGCGGAGGAGUUUUUGCAGUCACUCCUCAACGGGCCGAGCUCGAAUCAGGCGUGGAUGAAGUCUAGCGGAAAUCGGGUCACGGCCCUCGAGGCGGUAUUCGCGCCGCUCCUCGUCGCAUAUACCGAACGCAGACGGCCGGAACAAGUGGAGCGAUUGUAUCAGGAGAUGCUAGCGGCGGGCGGCGAGCCCACCAUCGGCACGCUCACCGCGUUGAUGGACGCACACCGCAAGACAGGCAGCAUCAAGCCGGUCCUCGAGAUCUGGCCGCGUAUAUACGAGCUCGCACUUCGGUAUACUCAGUCCAACGCGCUCUUCGAGGGCAUGGACGCGCAGACGAAGCCUGAUCUGCGCGGACACAGCACGAUCAUGUGUGUACCGCUAUCCAUCGUCACCGACGCACUCUCGGCAGCUGGGCUCCACGGAGAAGUCGCGAAGAUUUGGGGUCAGCUCAGCGAGGCCAGGUUGGCAUUCGACUCGCACAAUUGGAAUCAUCUUGUCGUCGCGCUAGUCCGUGCCGGGGAACCCGAGCGCGCCUUUGACGUAGUGGAGAAAGUGAUCUUACCGCACAAAGCUAGGGCUCACCAGAGGCUGUCAUACAAGCGGGACCAGGCUCCCCCUUCCCCUGUUCUAGACGUGCCCGUUGACAUUUUAGAAGACGAACUUCCCCGCGCGCAGGCGGAGUUUCCAGGGCACAGUCGGGCGCGCCGGGUUAUCGCGUCUAAGACAGCAACGAAGAAAUUCAAGCCCACGUUGGACGAGGGCAAGCCGAACGACUUUGCGCAUGCACUGCACGUUCUCGCUCAGAUCUCGCCGCUCUGGAAUCUCUGGCGUCCACACGAGAUGACGAUCACGGUACUUGGAGACGUGCUUGGUCAUUUGCGCUCAGGCAGGUUGGUUCAGCCCGUGCGACCUGACUAUCAUCCCCAGGACGACCUUGGGGACUAUGUCCGUAGUGUAGAGGAUCUCAAGGCGCGGGCUGCGCAAGCAGGUAGGAUACUGGGCCGGAUAUACGACAACUGUCCACAAACGGUGAAGUUGAUCCGGGAUCUCGAAGCUGUGAAGGAUUCGCAGAUGCGCAGAGCGAAAUACAGGGGUUCACAGUAG